GCUUCUCUCCGGCUGUUUGCGGCGCCAGGUCGUAGAUGCGGUUGUUUGCGGAUUAUUUGGUGUUUAUUCAGUAGCCGUGCGGAGCUGGCUGCUUGGCAGGUCUGCAAGCCCUUGAACCAAAUAUCAAACAUCAAGGGUGAAAAAUAAAGUGCCACUCUUUGGCAUGGCAGGGGGCAGAAGAGGGCCAAGUAGGACAUCCUAUUGCAGGACACCACUCAACGAAUCUGGAUCAUUAGGAGGUUCUGGCUAUUCUACCAGCUCACCUAUUACAGGAGUACGGUCAAGAACCAGGAGUGGGUCAGGAACUGGCUUGACAAGUCCUCCCCUUGCAACCCAGACUGUGAUUCCUUUGAAACACAGCAAGAUUCCUGAACUACCUCUUGAGAAAAGCAUUCUGUUUGAACUUCAUCUUCUCUUCUGCCACCUCAUAGCUUUGUUUGUUCAUUAUAUCAACAUCUAUAAAACAGUAUGGUGGUAUCCUCCUGCUCAUCCACCUUCAUUCACAUCACUGAACUUCCACCUGAUUGAUUACAAUUUACUAAUCCUCAUCAUUAUUGUGUUGGCUCGUCGUCUUAUUAUUGCAGUUGUCAAAGAGGCAUCUCAUGGAGGUAAAAUCUCAGUACCCCAAUCAGUCAUUUUUGUGACCACAUCGAUUCGCAGUCUUGACUGGAACAGGAUGGAGCCUGUGCCGAUCACUCAUUUACCUCUUUCGAACGUAUUCUUUUUUGAAUUGUUGUUCCUGUGUUAUCCGUUUGGAAUGUACAUCCCUUUCUUUCGGUUGAAAUAUGAUACAAAGAAGUCCAAUCUCUCAUCUGUGGCCAACAUAGGCCCCAAUGAAACAAUAACAGCAAUUGAAAGAAGUAAAGACUACUUAACAGUUUUAAAGGAGACCUUGAAAAAUCAUACAAACCAGAUGCACAGCCUAAAUUCUAUGCCAACACAUGCAUGCUGCUUGUCUCCAGAUCUGAUAAGAAAUGAAGUGGAACACCUGAAAAUGGACUUCAAUUGGCGCAUGAAGGAAGUUCUGGUUAAUGCAAUGCUGAGUGCUUAUUACAUAGCCUUUGUGCCUGUUUGGUUUAUAAAAAGUACACAAUAUUAUGACAAGAGGUGGUCCUGUGAGCUUUUUAUCUUAGUUUGGGUCAGCACAUGUGUAAUACUAACAAGGCAUCUCUUACCACCACGUUAUUGUGACCUGCUACACAAAGCAGCAGCACAUCUGGGUUGUUGGCAGAAAGUAGAUCCUACCCUCUGUUCCAAUGUGCUUCAGCAUCCCUGGUCAGAAGAGUAUAUGUGGCCACAGGGAGUGUUAGUAAAACAUAAUAAGAAUGUAUACAAAGCCAUGGGAAAUUACAAUGUGGCAAUCCCUUCAGAUGUUUCACACUUCAGGUUUUAUUUUUUCUUCAAUAAACCAUUGAGGAUCCUGAAUAUUCUUAUCAUUAUAGAAGGACUCGUCAUCCUCUAUCAAUUGUACUCGUUAAUAUGUUCUGAAAAGUGGCAUCAAACAAUAUCUCUUGCGUUGAUCCUCUUCAGUAAUUAUUAUGCCUUCUUUAAGCUACUCAGAGACAGAAUAGUCCUGGGCAAAGCAUAUUCAUAUUCUGCAAGUGGAAAUUCAGAGAGUAAAGUGAACUAGAUAUUCUGCCAUGUAUCCCACAGCAUCUGUUAAAAUGAUCAAGCUUUGUAUUUUUUUGUUACAGUUGUUUUCAUGUAACUUGCAUUAAAAUAUUUUUAUAUGUC